AUGGCCAAUCCUGAUACUACGGAACCCAUCGUCCUUGAUGGUAGCGUCCUCGAGGGAGGAGGACAGAUCCUUCGCAAUGCUGUAGCGCUUUCUGCUCUGCUCCACAAACCCAUCACCAUCGAGAAGAUACGGUAUGGGCGCUCUUCUCCAGGAUUGAGGAACCAGCAUCGGACAGGACUGGAGCUGGCAGCUAGGAUCGCCUCUGCCGAACUACUGAAUGCAAAGAACGGAUCCACUAGCAUCACGUUCAAACCUGGUUCCCUCGUCGUACCGGGAGAGUACAUCGCCGAUGCUGUCACAGCUGGAGCGGUCACUCUGAUGCUCCAGAUUUCGUUACCUCUACUUUUAUUCAGUUCGAGCAUUGAAGGGGGACGUUCUACUCUAACGCUCCGCGGAGGCACGAAUGCGAUCCAAGCGCCUCAGAUUGACUAUGUACAACAUGUCUUUUUGCCCUUUGUGCAGAGACACUUUGGGGUGGGAAGUGUGGAUGUAAACUUGACGAGGAGAGGGUAUUAUCCCAAGGGAGGAGGGGAGGUGGUGUUCAGUCUCCCGUCUCUACCACCCGGAGAGAAGUUGAAGAGUUUCAGUUUGUUACAGAGGGGGAAGCUUGUGUCUAUCAAAGGUAUUGCGCAUUUCAGCAAGCUGCCGGGGUCGGUGGGGAGUGAGAUGGUGAGAGGGGCAGAGAAAUAUCUUAGGAAGGCGGGGUAUCGGGGGAAGGAAGAGAAUGAUAUGUUGCCUCCGAAUAGUGACGAUGAGGAUGAAGAAGACGACGGGGCGGUUAAGAUUGAGAUCAAGGCUGUGAGGGAGAAGAAUGAUAUUUCUGUGGCGGGAGGGAGUGGGAUUGUCUUGUGGGCAGAGCUUGAGGGCGGGGGAUUUAUUGGUGGAAGCGCGGUGGGUAAGAAGGGGAUCGAUCCGCAGCAGGUGGGCGCCGAGGCAGCAGAGUUACUGGUGAAAGGGUUGGAAGGGGGAGGGUGUGUGGAUGAGUGGUUGCAGGAUCAGAUUAUCAUUUUUAUGGCACUCGCAGACGGAUCUUCAGAGGUUAGGUGUGCUAGAGGCGAGUUGGAAUUGCAUACAAAAACCGCGAUAUGGCUGGCGGAGCAGCUGACGGAUGCCAAGUUCACGAUAGAAGCGGACCCUGCUGGUACAAUCAUCCGUUGUCAAGGAAUUGGGUAUUCAGCUUCACCACACCAGUCAGAACGAAAUGCAGAGGAUUGAAAGCAGAAUGCGAUUACAUGGGACCAGGAAAUAAAUAAGAUAGUCCUGCUUUCGUUCCACUAAUGUCGAGGAGAUGUGUAUUAAAGAUCGUACCGUUCCCAUACGAACAGAGUCAUAUAUUAGUGUACACCCCAAAGGUCCAUCGUCGUCAUCAA